UAAUUUUAGCUAACAAUGGGAAAUUCAUUGGAGCAAUGGCGUGCUGCCAUCGGCACGUUAUCUCCCCGUGGACUUUCUCGCGAGAAGUGUCGGUUUCACUCCCGCCCUUCAAAGAGAUCACCCGAAAAGAAAAAUGCCACAUAAGGAGUGGAGGGGAAUCCCGAGGCAACCUCUAGGCUAAGAGUGUUUCCCUUGCUGUUGGUAAUUGUAACUUUGCUGGUCGUAUAGGUGGAGUUCAUUUGAACCCCGGGCCUCGAGAAACGGAAUCACCACUUGACCCCGUGUUAGAGAGGCAUGGUUUGGCCAUAGUUGAGAACAGUGGAAUGGGAGAUUGUCUCUUCGAAGCUCUUAGCGAUCAGUUGAAACGACUAACAUCAGCGCAGGUGUCUGCAAAUAAUCUACGACAAUUACUAUUGGAAUGCAUUCAAGUACAUCCAAUCUUGCCCAAUGGUGAACAUGUUAUGACGCUUUUUGAUUCGGAGGAUAAUAAAGACUGGCAGCAAUUUGCAGCAACCCUUGAACCAACUGAAGAUCUCCCUAAUCGACAAUUGUCCUGGUAUACCGAUGAAUAUAUGGCGAAACCGGGUGUAUGGGGGGAUAAUCUUAUGCUGUAUGCCUUCACCAAACUAUAUGGUAUAGAUGUCGCUAUAUACUCUGCUGGAACUGAUGAGCCCUACACAAUGGCAGCUGAAGACGAACAUGGAAAUCAACAGAGAAUGACAGCAAAACUGGGGUUUAUUCCACACUUGCAUUUCGUAAGUGUUAUCAAUAAAACGGGUAAAAAGAGUGAAGGUGACGGGGUGGAUACAGUCUUUGAGCAAGACUAUGCCAAGACAUGGGCUCUUCACAAAAUAACACCUGGAACUGUGGAAUGA